AUGGAGAAGCCUGUUGUGAUUGGACCUAACGGUCUCGCCCCGAUCUCGAUUGAGCGUCAGGCCAAUUUUCGCCUGACCACCAAGGUAAUCUACGACGUCAUCUCCAGUUGCAAGAUGAUCAGCCUGGAGGAGAGUAUUCAUGCUCCGCUCGCUGUACGUAAGAAGGCUCGUGCAAACCGCCUUGCUGGCGUGGAGACUGUGUCUGCUCAGCUGGCUACUCGUCGUUCCGCUAAGCUUGGUGUCUCGGAUGACAUGCCAAACCUUCAUGAUAUCCAAAAGGGUAUUUCAAAGCCUAUGCCGCUCGGAAAGGAGAAGAACGCCGCUACUGCUCCUCCUCCUCCCGCUGCCGCUCAGAAGAGUUUUGGCAUUGAUCCACGUGCCAAACCAUUUGUUCCUGUUGCUACCGAGUCUGCUGGACCCAAGGAUGGAGUCGGUUAUAUGCCUCUGGAGAGCGCUCCUCGCAAGGACAUCAACGAGCCCAAGAAAGACGCUGAACUGAGUCGUAACACCGCCGACAACGUUUCCACCAAGGAUCUCGCCGCUAAAAACAAAAAGGCCGUUGGUACUCCCACCAAAGCUGGCGCCGGAAACAAGCAUGCAGGCAACGAGUCCACUGUUGAUUCCAAGACAUCGCAGAAGGCCGAGUCUGUCGAGUAUCAGGAGUCCACUGGCUCCUCCCAGAAGCCCAGGGGUGUUACGGCCCCAGCGGAUUUCAUGAAACAAGUCCGGCUGCUGCAUUCGCAGAAGCAGGUUGCACCAAAGGUUGUGCCUGCUGGACCUCCUCGUCGCAUUGUGUUCGGAAACCUUCCAGAGUGGGCCAAUAUCUCCGGCAUUCUGCAUCUUGUCUACGGCGGUGCUAUUGAACGCGCAUGGAGUGAAAAUGGUGAAGUCAUUGUGCAGUUUGUUGAGCAAGACGACUGCGUCAGAUAUUAUGAGAACCACUCUGAUGGAAUCAAGGUGAACGAUGGUGAUGGCGAACUCGUUCUUUCUGUUUCUAUGCCUGAGCAUGGUUUGCACGACAACUCUGAGCUUUCCAAGCGAGUCGCAGAGGGUGCAUCGCGUGUUGUUUGUCUCUCCGGUCUUCCCACUGGCUUCAAGAGUAGCGACAAUGAAGAGAUCUUAGGUAUUGCCGCCAACCCUUCCUGGGGUAGCAAGGGCUUCGAUCACAUUCUGAUCAAGCAAGCCGAGUCUGGGGUCGAUGUCUACAUCUUCUUCUACGAUCUCCAUGAAGGUUGGGAAUUCUUGCAAAACAUCAAAGAGGGGGCAUAUGACUGCAUUGCCAGCUUUGAAGCUGACCCAUGCGCUCGUGCCGAGGGAUUCCACUUUGUUGAUGAGCCCAACCAGAUGCUGUCUAACAUUAUCGUGGAGUAA